UCGGGUCCGUCGGGUCCGUCGGGUCCGUCGGGUCCGUCGGGUCCGUCGGGUCCGUCGGGUCCGUCGGGUCCGUCGGGUCCGUCGGGUCCGUCGGGUCCGUCGGGUCCGUCGGGUCCGUCGGGUCCGUCGGGUCCGUCGGGUCCGUCGGGUCCGUCGGGUCCGUCGGGUCCGUCGGGUCCGUCGGGUCCGUCGGGUCCGUCGGGUCCGUCGGGUCCGUCGGGUCCGUCGGGUCCGUCGGGUCCGUCGGGUCCGUCGGGUCCGUCGGGUCCGUCGGGUCCGUCGGGUCCGUCGGGUCCGUCGGGUCCGUCGGGUCCGUCGGGUCCGUCGGGUCCGUCGGGUCCGUCGGGUCCGUCGGGUCCGUCGGGUCCGUCGGGUCCGUCGGGUCCGUCGGGUCCGUCGGGUCCGUCGGGUCCGUCGGGUCCGUCGGGUCCGUCGGGUCCGUCGGGUCCGUCGGGUCCGUCGGGUCCGUCGGGUCCGUCGGGUCCGUCGGGUCCGUCGGGUCCGUCGGGUCCGUCGGGUCCGUCGGGUCCGUCGGGUCCGUGUCCGUCGGGUCCGUCGGGUCCGUCGGGUCCGUCGGGUCCGUCGGGUCCGUCGGGUCCGUCGGGUCCGUCGGGUCCGUCGGGUCCGUCGGGUCCGUCGGGUCCGUCGGGUCCGUCGGGUCCGUCGGGUCCGUCGGGUCCGUCGGGUCCGUCGGGUCCGUCGGGUCCGUCGGGUCCGUCGGGUCCGUCGGGUCCGUCGGGUCCGUCGGGUCCGUCGGGUCCGUCGGGUCCGUCGGGUCCGUCGGGUCCGUCGGGUCCGUCGGGUCCGUCGGGUCCGUCGGGUCCGUCGGGUCCGUCGGGUCCGUCGGGUCCGUCGGGUCCGUCGGGUCCGUCGGGUCCGUCGGGUCCGUCGGGUCCGUCGGGUCCGUCGGGUCCGUCGGGUCCGUCGGGUCCGUCGGGUCCGUCGGGUCCGUCGGGUCCGUCGGGUCCGUCGGGUCCGUCGGGUCCGUCGGGUCCGUCG